CUCUAACACACAGAGUUUACCAUCCAAACAGGUUCAUGAAUGGUAAUUAUAGCUGCAUAUUAAUCACACCAAUAGAUUUUGUAAUUCCUGACAGAAUAAAGCUUUUACACUCUUCUUUUAAUUAGAGAGAGAGAUUUAACAGACAUCCCUGGCUUGAGCAGGGGCGUUGUGGUCCAUGGUUGACCUUUGACCUUUGAGUCUCUGGGCAGCCUCAGCUUUUAUUUUCUUAUUUGAUCUCCACUACCCAGGAUAAUAAGGAGCCUUUUUAAUCUGAAUUAAAUAUAUAAAUGAAUGAAUGAAUAAAAAGUGCAUCAUACCCACUGUUCCCUCUUAUCACAGAAAAAUGUCCACACACGAAAUAGACUGUAAUAUUUCAGCCAGAUAAACUUUAUCAGACGUUCAUUUUUGUUCUUCGGGCUUUUUCUUCCUCAUAACUGUAGUCAAAUGUUAAACACCAGUGUGAAGAUACAGCUGAAGAGCAGUGGUAUUUAGACUUGUGCUUUGUACACUUUUGUCCGAUUUAAGCGAAAAUAUUAGUAUAGCGUAUACUUUUAUUAUGAAGGGUUGUGGCGGACGUGCUGCAACAGUUGCAUCUUGCGGAAGCUGAGAAAUCGAAAGUGUUCGCUUUGAGCGGCUCUCGGAGGCAGAAGUGGAUGAGUGUUAUGUUACAGUGAUGCUGAAGUGAUGUUCAGUGUUCAGGCGACAGAAACAACCAUGAAGCUUCUUCCUGUCGUGUGUCUCUGUGUCCUCACGUGGUCUGAAACAGCGUCUGCUGAUGAAAACGGUGGGCUCACAUCCAUCUCCUGCUCCACUUCCCCUAACGGUGGCAUGUCAGUGGUCGUGAAAGAAGGGAGGGAUGUUAUUUUGCCCUGUUCCCCCAGCACCAACAUUGUACGAGAGCUCUUUGACUGGAAGAAGGAUGGUCAGAAGGAGGUCUUCAUGUAUGAUGCAGGACUUCAUUACAAUAACGGACGUGCAGGUCAGGAUGAGCAGUUCAAAGGUCGCGUCUCACAUUUUCAAGGUGAACUGAAGCACGGCAACGCCUCCAUCAUCAUCAGAAAUACGAAGGUGACUGACAGUGGAAACUACACCUGUGAUUUUCCACGUCUUCAGCCAAGGCAAACAUUCCACAUUAGGCUUGUUGUUGGUGGCAUCUUAAAAGACAGAAGAAAUGAAAUCCAAGUUGCAGCUCCAAAACCAUCUGUCACAACUCUUCAUGAAACAAAGGACUGGUCACUGCUGCAGUGUGAAGUUCAUGGUGCUUCUCCAAAACCUAAAGUAGAGUGGCAGGACAGUGCUGGAAACGUCCUUCAUGCUGAGGAGCCGCAGGUCUCAGAGAGAGGAGGUCACUUCUACAUAACCCUCAACACCACCGUGACCAAGACCGACCGCUUCCGCUGUGUAGUCACUCAGCAGGAAAUCAACCACAAGACUUAUACUGAGACCUAUGUGCACAUCAAUGGUGCAGCUCCAAAACCAUCUGUCACAAUACUUGAUGAAACAAAAGACUGGUCACUGCUGCAGUGUGAAGUUCAUGGUGCUUCUCCAAAACCUAAAGUAGAGUGGCAGGACAGUGCUGGGAACGUCCUUCAUGCUGAGGAGCCGCAGGUCUCAGAGAGAGGAGGUCACUUCUACAUAACCCUCAACACCACCGUGACCAAGACCGGCCGCUUCCGCUGUGUAGCCACACAGCAGGAAAUCAACCACAAGAUUUAUACUGAGAUUUAUGUGCACAUCAAUGAUGAAAACAAUCAAACUUCCACAAAAGUGAUUAUUGGAGUUUCUGUUGGAGUUCUUUGUGGAAUUGUUGUUGGAGUUGUUGUAGGUUUCCAUCUAGCUCGGUCUAGAAAUUGCUGUAAUAAAGGUUCAACACAAGACAAACGUGACCAAACUGCAGGAAAGGAGUCAGAGCCACUGGACAGUUCACCUGCACCGUGAGGGUAUCUGCAGAGUGUGUGUGUGUGUGUGUGUGUGUGUGUGUGGGUGUGUGUGUGUGUGUGUGUGUGUGUGUGUGUGUGCGCACACCAUUGUUUUUUUAGUGAGGACCAAUUUGAGUUUUAGACCAAGAAUAUUUGUGAACCGUGAGGACAUGUUGGCCUCAGCAUCUUAAACGUCUGAGAGUUAAGACCUGGUUGUAGGUUUAAUGUUCGAACUGAACUAGUUUUAUGAGGCAGGUAGACGUGAUCAGAGAAAGAUAAGUUUACAUUUCAGGGGUCAGGGUGUCAGAUGGGUGUGUAGUGGAUUAAUAACAAUGCUUAAAUGUAUCCAAACAGAGCACCGAAAGUUGAGUCUGAAGUCUGACAUUAAGCAUUUCUACACGUCUGACUUCACCAAACUGCAGCUGUCAUGUGGAAUAAUUUAAAAAAAGUUGCCAUGAAAUGUUGAAAAAUGUCCUGAACAUAGUCCUGACUGUGACUGUGUGUGACAGGAGUUGUUGAGGACUUUUAUUUUUUGAUUUAUUGAUAAUCUUCACAGGGACAAUGCACCUUAAUGAACGAUACUGUAAAUGUGCCAGAACUGAACAAAAGCCUGUUUUGGAGUCUAUAGACAGAUGUUGCCUAGCAACCGUGAGAUUAUACAUGAAAUAUCUCAUCAAAUGAAAUGAGAAAUGUAAAACCAUAAAUUUAUUUAAAAAAAUAAAAUCACAGUCUCUACUUUUCAUGGUGGUAAGAUGAUAAUAUCACAGCAGCUUUGUGGGAUCACACUGGUCUUAAUUGAACCAGCUGACACACCAUCACACUGAUCCUGGUGUGUGUGUGCACGUGUGCGUGUGCAUGUGUGCGUGUGUGCGUGUGUCUGGGUUGUAUACACACAGACUGAAAGUCCUAUAAGUAAGUUAGAUGUUUAAGACUGAUAAAUAAUGAGAGAGCAGAGCAGGACAACGAAACGAGUAAUAACAAAAGAAAGUUACGACAGAAAUAAAAGGGCCAAGUUAAAGUGAGCUUUAAGAAGUGCUUUAAAAGAGCAUCAGGAUUUAUAUUUUUAGGGAUUUGGACUAAAAAGACCAGACGCUCUGGAAAACCAGGUGCUGUAAUCAACCAGGAGACCCCGGACUGAUGAGUCCACGUCUGGAGUUUGACCAUGACUAAAACAUGAUAAACCAAAUCCUAAAUUCUUAAACUGACAGGCAGCUAGUGAUGAAUGGAAGUUUGUGUUCUCCUAGAAUUAGUUAAAUCCAAGCAGCCGCAUUUUGAUAAUCUGGAAGCUGACUGACUGUCUUCUGUCUGAAGGAUGAGACAAAAUGAGAUAAAAUCAGUUCAGUCUUCUUCAGAAUCUGUUUUUUUUAAACAGCUAAGUUUAAUUUAUGAUCCUCAGCUGAAGGAAGCAGGUUUGCACCAACGGAGUUACUUAACAGAAAAUGUAUUUAAAUACAUGAGAGCAGGUUGUCAGUUCAGCACAGGGUUGCUGGUUUGAUCCCCGGCUCCUCUGGCCACGUGUUGAAGUGUCCUUGAGCAAGAAGCUGAACCACAGACUGUUCCUGAUGGUCAGAGCAGCUCAUCAGUGUGUGUGAGUGAGUGUGUGAAUGGAUGAAUGAUGGACAACAGUGCUGUAUAAAUUCUGUCAAUUUAGCAAAUAUUAUCAUUCUGCUAACUGAGCUAUCUGGGCAUUAAAAACAAGAUGUGACCGAGCUGAUUCUGCUGUUAUCCUGUAAGUGAAUGAAUAUUUUGAAGCUGCAGUAAAUCUAAUGUGACUUGAUUUUUUCAUUUCGAUAUUGAUAUUUGGGAAAAGCAUGUUGCUUCAUUUCAGUUCUUGCGGUGCUGAUCCAGAGUCUGUCAGGUAGUCAUAUACUGAACUGUGUACUGUUGCUGACUGUGAAAUGUAUGUGAAUGUUGUUUACUGAUGAUGCUCUUGUCGGGUGUCGUGUAACUUCAGGCAGCGCUUAAUUAUUUUUAUCCAAACGUUUGAAUUAAAGAUGAGAAGUUCCAAAC